CAUUUUCAAAUAUUACAAUAUUUCAACAACAUUACUUGCCGAGUAGGCAAUUUCUUCACGUCCAGUUAUCUUGCGGUUAAAUAUCUAAGAGAUAAACUAGAUCCAUGCACGUAAUUGGUUAAGCUUGAGAUUUAUUCACUGGAUAACUUUAAAUGACAGUGUUGUCCAACGAACUAUAUAUCAUACUGGAAUAAGCACAGCCAUACCCCCAUCACUACUACCGCGGCCACUAAAGGAUAGCUGCAGCGUUUCAGUGCUAUCUCUUUUUACCGUGUACUAUCAUGAUUGAAAACAUUGUUCUGCGCAAUUACCAUAGAGAUAUAUAAUAUAGAGUCAACCUUCUGUGAGCGGAGCUGUCCGCAUCUUCUAUGGGAUAGAACGAUAUGUAGUAAGGUGUUGUCUUCGUCACUCAGCUAGUCUGGUGGGAGAGCGCUCUCCGCUCCCCGUAUAACGAAGCGUGCGUGGGAUACGAAGGGCAUCGUGGGAUACGGGGAGCGGGGGCGCGCCUCUGAAUCUCCCACCAGACUAGCUGAGUGACGAAGACAACACCUUACUACAUAUCAUUCUAUCCCAUAGAAGAUGCGGACAGCUCCGCUCACAGAAGGUUGACUCUAUAUUAUAUAUCUCUAUGGCAAUCACAUGUGAUCUCUUGGCUGCGAUGCUGCAAACCAUUUUUUAUUUGUUGCUUGUUGUGGUUUGUUGUGGUUUGUUAAAGAUGGUAAAAUGUAUUUUAAAACAUUUUAUAAUUUAUAUAAAAUGUAUAUUUUACAUUUUACUUGUAUACAAGAAACAUAUAAAUAGUAAAUGUUUUUAGAACGAAUAGUACAUCUGGUCACGUGAUCAAUGUAAUUAGUUAGACAAGGACAGGUCUGAAACGCAACAGCUAUCGCAGUCGCACAUUACUGGCCGCCAAUCAGCAGAGCCGUGCUUGUUCCAGUAUGGUAUAUAGUUCGUUGCUGUUGUCAGAUUCCUUUUCUACGUGCAAAAAUGUGUCGAUUAAAUAUACUUUCAGUGAUAUUAAAGCAAAAGAGUCUAGGAUGACCGACAAGUGGAAGGAGACUUCGAUAAUCACCGAAGACGACCACAAACCCUUAUGGAUUACUAUGAGACCAGGAAAACAUAUACACAAUGACGUGUACGUCAACAACGUAAUGAUCUCCUUUAACCAGAGCAACAUUGAAUCAACGUUAAAUGUCAACGGCAAAACCGUGAUUCAGAUCCUGCAUAUCAUAAACGAAGUGCUGGAGCCAUUACAAUACAACUCGAGAAACAGAUCAGUUUAUAAUCCAAACGCUUUUGAAUUUUUAAGCACGAUUGAGAAUCUCAAUUUGUGUGACUGUCACGUACGUACUUUCCGACAGGAGAUCAUCCAACAGAAUGAAGAUAUCUUUAAGGCCGAGGGUCGUUAUACCUUUUUCAUCCCCGUUGAUGAGGGUUUCAAGCCGGAACAGAGAUUGCAUAAAAUCGAUCAACUGGUAAUCAAGGGUCAUGUAUUACCCCACACGGUCCUUUUCACCGCGCCGACACCGGAGAAAGUGUCGUAUGAGACUCUCGCAUUCUCCAACAAACUGUCAGUCGUCGUCAGUUUUUUCAAGUCACAAAAUAAAGUCUACGUGCAAUCGGACACAUUGGUGGGCGAUCAUUUCCAUCCACGAGGAAGAGUGAUUACGAAGAUAAUUAGACCUAAUAUCCCAGUACGGAAUGGAGUCGUUCAUUUAAUUCAACGACCUCUAAUGAUAAUUGAUAUCACCGUUAAGGAUUUUCUGGAGGAAAACAAAAAUGGACCGGUGGGCAAAUUUUACGAGAUACUUCGCAAUUAUGGAGGCAAGAUUAUGAGUUCGAUCAAUCGCCUGAAUGAUGUUACCUUGUUUGCGCCCAGCAAUGACGCGCUGGAUGAGUUGACUGUAAAGAAGAUGCUGCAGGACAAGAACUGGUUGAGAGAAAUCCUUCAACUUCACUACGUCAAGAAGCGGCUGACCCUCGAGGAUAUCGAAGCCAAAACCAUCAUAGGGAAAAGCUUAAAGAAGCACUGGUACCUAGUAGGGGAGCCAACCGCCAUCUACAAUAAAAAACUUUACUUCGACGUAGUGGAGAGAUCAAGGGAGAUUCAAACCUUCACCGUAGAGGGCGGCGGUAGAAACGCCACUAUUAUCAUCCCCAACAUCGCCGUUACCAAUGGAAUUGUGCAUAUAAUCGACAGGGUUCUCGGGGUACCCUAUACUAAUGUUCUUGAGAAACUCAGGACCUAUCCGGCGCUCGAGUUGACACACUUCCUGGGCCAGCAAUGCGGAUUUAACGACCAAUUGAACAGUACUAAAAACCUUACUUACUUUGUUCCACUUAACGAGGCCUGGACGAAUCCGAAAAAUGAUUCGUUAACCAUUAAAAAAGUCUUCGAACCCGAGUACAGUUAUUACACGAAACAGAUAUUGGCGCGACACCUCGUAAUAGCCGACAAGGUGACAUAUACGAUGUCAAAAAUGGUAAGAAUGAAUCAAUACUUCACCCUUCCAUCAAUAAGAGGCAACCUAGACCUCUGCAUCCGGGUAUAUAACAAUUCUUAUUAUCUUGAAUGGGGAAACACAACUGUCCAAGUUGUCUACCCAGAUAUUGUGUGUACUGACGGUGUCAUCCACGUCAUCAGUGAAGUGCUUUUUAAGAAGAGUGAUUUCCAAAUGACAAGCGGUGCAGUACUGUCCACCUUUGCACCUCAAUUAAUCAUGAUACUGAUAAAUAAAUGGAUUCUGUAAAAACCCUCAUCGCCGCGUCGCAUCAUCAUAGCAAUUCUUUUUGGGAGCCGCCUGUGAUUGUACUUCAACGAUAAUGACGACGCAACGCGAGAAGGCAGAGCGGGACUAAAGAAGUCAGGAUUCACAAGGACAUAAACUAUUUUAUCCAGCAAACAUACUUUUAUGCUAUGCUAUAACAAUUACAUAAUUCAGUAUAAUCGAAUAUAACAAGUUAUAUAAUAGAGUUGUAACUUGUAAUAUACUCAUUCCUCGUAAUUUCCCACUCAAGGAAA